GUAACCCUCCCGCUACAGGUACAGGAACCUUACACAUCACCUUGGAGGAUGUCAAUGACAAUGUCCCAUCCCUUUAUCCAACACUGGCAAAAGUUUGUGAUGAUGCCAAAGAUCUCAGGGUAGUGGUACUAGGAGCAUCAGACAAAGACCUUCACCCCAACACAGAUCCAUUCAAAUUUGAACUGAGUAAGCAAUCUGGCCCAGAAAAAUUGUGGAGAAUCACCAAGAUUAACAAUACUCAUGCCCAGGUCACCCUGCUUCAAAACCUGAAAAAGGCCAAUUACAACAUCCCAAUCUCAGUGACAGAUUCGGGAAAACCGCCUCUGACUAACGCCACAGAACUGAAAUUACAAGUGUGUUCCUGCAAGAAAUCCAAAAUGGACUGCAGUGCGACUGAUGCCCUUCAUAUCAGCAUGACCCUUAUCCUUCUUUCACUCUUCAGUUUAUUUUGUCUGUAAGAACUCCUGACAUUUGAAGCUGUCCUACCGAGUUGCCAUGGCAACGAGAAAAAGGAAAACGUCAGAUCUGAAGAUUGCAGUUUACAGUUACUGUUCUUCACUACUAGGCCUCAGUUGCUCCAGAUUGUUUAAUUUGCAACCUCACUUAAUUUGUCCGACUAUACAUUGGUGUUUGACAGCCUCUACCCUACCUUCCGUUCAUUAAUGGACUCACCUUGCAAGACGCAACGUUUAUGCGAAUUUUCUCUGAAUGUUAAAAGACCUUGACAUCUAAACUGGACCUUGGGGGAGCAGAAAACAGAUUGACUCCAUUUUUUUCUAUCUGUUGACUUGUUGCUAUUCAACUGUUCAGAAAAUAUUUUGUCUGUGGGUUAGUAUUUGUAUAUGUAUGAGUGUAUGUAUAUAUAUAUAUUUAUAUAGAGAGAAGAGUUAUACGACAGGUUUAGCUUUUAUAAAAUAUUCAUCUGGAGCGUGCAAGGGGCAGAGCAGAACAAUACAGCCACAGAUGAAUUGUACCUGUUCCACCACGGCUAAACCUACUGCGUUUGCUGUGUCUGGGGCGGCCAGAAGGAGAGCGCCUGCUGCCGUCCCACCGCACGACAGCCGCUUUGUUGGCACAGAAAGCAGGCCCAGGCCUCCGCAGGGUCUUGUACCUCGGGUUCGGCAAACAAGAAACGCACGUCCCUUGGCUUGUUUCUGAUCUGAGCUGCUCCCCUUGCGCCCCAAAAGGAAAUGACGAUCCAGCUUGGCUCCGCAGUUCGGCGGGAGCAGCGCCGGGAGGUUCUGCCGAGCUCCCGUGUGUGAGGAAGCGGGCCGCAGGCAGCUGCGGCCGGCACCGUGCGGGGCAGGAUUACGGCAGCCGGGGUGCUGGGCCGGGUUUUACAGGGGCUGAAGGCAGCUUCCCUUCUGUUCCUGCAGGCCGUUACUCGCUGGGGCAGUUUACAAAAUUUAAGCCUCUCGUCAGCUCUGCAGACGCAGCUCGGUAGGGAGGUGCCUGCUCGCGGGAAGCUGAUGGGAACAGCAAAAGCAAAGGACCUCUCAGCAGCACUGGUCUCUCCCAGCCUCUGUGCAGCUGUCGUUGCACUGAAGCGCAAGGAGGAAAACAGAUGCCCUGUUCUAUAAAUAUAUUCCCACGCGCAUAUAUAUAGUUUUGAAUAUAUAUAUACAUACAUACACAUGUACACAGUUUCCAGUUAAGAGUAACAAGAGCAUUUCUUUGUGUGUGUAAACUUACCACACUUGUUUGCAGACAUGGAAAAAAAGGGUGUUCGUUACAUAUGAAUAUGAAUCCUUUUUUAUUCUGUGAGCAUGUAAGGUUAAAAACCCCUUCUAACUGUACCAAGAUGAUCAUCUUGUAAUAAAUUGUAAAUGAACCAUCAAAGCUCACACCAAAUUUUUAUAAAAUUAACACAAAAAGUAUACUAGUGACAGACUGUGGCUUUUAUUAGAGCUUGCCAGUAACUAGGGUAAGGUAAGUGUCUUAGGAUAUUUUAAUAAACUUGCUUAUUUAAAGUUUAAACAAGAAAGCUUCCUUAUGCAAUAGAACUCUGCAGCUGCAUUCUUUAGUUAGCAUUUUUACAGUACUUACGAGUCAUACUGUAUGUUGUCUUUACUACAGUGAGAUUACGAGCAUAUCUUCCACACCACAUAUAUGUUUCAAUAGUAAAGCUUUUUGGAAGCAUUAAAAAGUCCAAACAUACAUUUAGUUUUCCAUAAUGCUACACUAGAUAUUAAAUGUGUGUUGGUGGUU